AUGUAUGUAUUUUCAAAACGAACUCCUAUUAUCAUCAAUGCAGAUUUGAGCAGAGCAGAGCACUGGUAUGCACACGCCCAUGUACACGCCCAUCCGCAUCCGCACCCGCAUUCGCACCACCAUCACCACCACCAUCAUCAUCAUCAGCAAUUGAGCGAAGAUUUGGUAGUGUAUACACCGCCAGUUAUCUCGGCCACCACAUCCAAACUUGGAAUCGAUAGCUCCACCGAUGGAUACCUUAGUGCCCGUUAUAGUAUUUCAAUCGCCAAAGGAGUGCGUCACGAAAGAACUUCCUCAACAGCUUUUUUCGACAUUCCCGCUGUGACACAUCCUUAUUGCUACAGAUUCCCAUCAACACCGCCCGCAGGGAUUCUUAAAAAGAACGACCAAGAAUCAGCUCUAACGUUUUGCAGCAAUCCGACAUCAGCUGCGACAACAAAUAUGAUUCCAAUUGGUCACCACUACCACAGUACUAAGGUCGAGCAUCCCGAUUCGACUACGACACAUUUGAAUGGACAUUCUCAUCAGCCACUAACACAUCAUCCCACUCAUAUGCAUUUACAGUCACAUACACAUACGCAUCCCGCCACUCAACAGUCACUACCAACGCACACACAUGCUCAUACACCGAGCCACCCUCACAUGUUGCAUCAGCCGCAUCCCAGUAGUCACUUAUCCGCCCAUACAACAGCCUACAAGUUCGGUCAUGGAGCCAUCAUAACCACCGGCGCUACAAGCAUGUAUCAUCAGCACCCUUACUGUACAACAAAUAGCAACUCGUAUAGCCUGCGUACCAACGGUUCAUUAUCACCCACCGCAUCGUUAUCCCUGCCAUCGACAAGCUCAACAGAAGUUGAUCUCAAAUAUGACAGUCCCUACAAUUCAACCAUAUCAUCAACUUACGCACUGCGGCCAGUCACUGUGGACUCGACUACUGUGUCAUCAACCGAUGGAGACAUCAAAUACGAUGGUCUUUACAACAAUGCGAUUUCGACAAGCCAAACAGUAACGCAGCGGCGUGGAUCGUUACAAUUGUGGCAGUUUCUUGUGGCUCUACUGGACGAACCCACAACGAGCUCAAGUUGUAUUGCCUGGACGGGUCGGGGCAUGGAGUUUAAGCUCAUCGAGCCAGAGGAGGUAGCGCGUCGUUGGGGUUUGCAGAAGAAUCGACCAGCCAUGAAUUAUGAUAAAUUAUCGCGCAGUUUACGUUACUACUAUGAAAAGGGCAUCAUGCAAAAGGUCAAUGGAGAACGGUAUGUGUAUCGCUUUGUAUGCGAUCCAGAGGCGUUAUUUAAUAUGGCUUACGGCCAUCUGGCGAAUGCGACAAACGCCGCCUCGACUGCAACGAAAAAUGACCACCACACCCACAUCUUGUCCACAGCAGCAGCAGCGGCGGCGGCGGCUGCAGCCGUAACACUGUCGUCGUCAAAAAAUUUGUCUGAGUCGAACGGUAACGGUAACCUAUUGAGCAGGAGUGAGUUAGCCAUUAACGGGGAUCACACGAUGGAGCACAGCGUUGACGAAAGGGAAAGGAGCCUUGUGACACAGUUGAACGGUGCUAGCGCGAGAUCGAGUAGUGAUAGUAUUUUCUACAGCAGUCCACUCCACAAAUAUUAA